CUGUGGGGUGACAUCUAGCGGGAAGAAUGACAAGCAGGAAGUGUUAAAAGACGAGGAUAAAUAUUUUGUCCUAGUGUUUCUUGUGUGCUUGGAAAGAAAGGACGGACGGGGACUUAUCAAAGUUUUCAGGUGUGUAUCGAAACUUGUUUGUACAGAACUGCUGCUUUCUCGGUAAGACAAAUUUUGUUAGCAUGGAUAUUAUAGUGGACGAUAAAAUACUUGCAAGAAGUGUGUGAAGUGUGUGACAGUCCAUCAAAUCCUGAGCUUUUCCUUGUACAAUGAACGAACGUCAGCCGGCCAUGAUGAGAUACUCUGUGGUGAUAGCCUUGGCUUUGCUGUGCCAAACGUGCCAUCUGUGCGUGGGCGUGGAGCCCGAGAAUCCCGAGGACGUCAUCACCACGACCCCUCAAGAGGAAAUCAUCAUCACCACUCAAAAAGACAUCACCACAUCACAAAAAGUAGUCAGCAUAUCUCCGUGUAACAGCAAGCAGCAUGCCAGGACAACUGUGGUGGACCCGCUGCUGGAGAAUGACAGAGUCCCGACGUGCGCAGAUCAGUUGGUGGUGUGUUCUUGUCCAGAACCAACUCCUGACGGCUGCCGGCGCUUCCUUUCCGAUGCCUACAUUGACAGUAAAAAUAGUGAUUUCAAGAACAUUAGGGUUCCCGUGGCUGACUUGAGAGUGGCUGUGCAUAACGUGACCUGCCAGAAAAAGGACCAUCGCUUCAUGACUUAUGGUGAAGGGAAAUUUUACUGGCGGGAAUACGGUGACGUUGUCCUCGUGGAUGCCGGUGACAUGACUGAUCUCCGCGUCAACGAUUACUGCGCCGAUCUGCGCCGCGACUUGACUUGGAACAUGAAGAUAUGUGUUGCCCCGCCUUCGGUACCCAAAUGCUGCCCCAGCGGACAGGCACUGAAGGACGGAAUGUGUCAGGACGCUACUACCCUUGCCAUUCUUGCACCUCCCAUGUACAUAAACUUGGAGGAAAAGUCAAUACAUUUCCCGGUUAUUAAGAAUCACUAUAACCCCUUGAAUUGCACUUCAGAUCCUCUGCUAUCGAUACCGUUAGCUCCGAAACAAUCUUAUUUAUUAUCAGUUCCAACAGGACUCAUUCACGUCUGGAACCCAGCAGACAGUCAUGUUGAGAAUCACUUCACUUAUUCUCCUAACAUUUGCAUUGAUGGCUACGUGAACUCCAACGGAUCCGAGACUUACUCCGUAAAUUUUUGCUACUCCCAUCCACACCAGCAGCGUAAAAACUGUGAAGGACAUAUUUGCGUGCGGAAGUGUUGCCCUGAUGGCGAGGAAAUGAGCCGGUUACUGAAGCGGUGUGUUCCCUCAAACUUCAAAAAGUUUAAGCCUGUCUUCACCAAUCCUCCCAACGAUUACAAAAUAGUGCAUGGUAGGCCAAAAUGUGAUUUUGAAACAGAGUUGGACGAACCCAGUAUUGACAGUGAAGGUCAUUAUCACUUCGAGGACAAUAUUUUGUCGGAGUCGAAAUAUUGUGUGGAUAAGUUUAAUGAUGGGCGGGGUAAUAUUAAAGACAUGGCAAUAGUGUGCGUCAACAAUGAAAUGAGACUGUGGCUCAGGAUACGAAAAACUGCAUUCCCGAUAUUUCAAUUUAUCUCUUUCCUAUUCCUGCUCCUGACGAUGGGCUGUUACUGCGUGGUUCCCGAAUUGGUUAAUGGUGGCGGGUGGUAUCAGCUGUUCCACGUCUUCUCCCUCAUGGUGGCCUACGCGACCAUGUUCGCGCAGAAUAUGUUCAACAAGAAUUGGGAGACUAAUACAUGUUUUAUUAUGGGAAUUCUGCUUCAGUUUAGUUUCCUAUCCACUUUCUUCUGGCUGAACGUGCUGUGCUUUGAGGUGUGGAGAAAAAUAAGGAGCCUUGAUAACAAGUUCCGUCCAGCCUCAAUCAUUCCCAUCUGGGUCUACGUGAUCUACGCCUUUGGGACGCCAGUUGCGAUCGUGAUCAUAACGGUGUGCAUGCACUUCUUCGCCCCUGAAGGUGUGCCUGGAGUGGUGAAGCCUGACAUUGCACGGAACAAGUGUUUCUUCGAAGAUCGCUCAAGACUCUUCCUGUAUUUUUAUGGACCCGUUGCCUUCCUAUUUGCUCUCAACAUUAUCUUCAUUACCCACACUUCUUGGACCUAUAGGAUGAUAGAAAAAAAUGUCUCCGUGCUGAAGAAAGCCACUUCGCCAAGCGUAUCAACUGAACAGAUUCACCGCAAACGCGACUACAUCUCAGAUUUCAAGCAACAGUCCUCUCUGCUCUUCCUGAUGUCGCUGUGCUGGGUAACAGAAAUUUUGUCUUGGUUUAUUUCACCUCUUGAAUUGUGGGCUUUAACAGAUACGCUGAACACGCUGCAAGGUUUCUUUCUAUUUGUAAUUUUUAUUGCAAAUAGAAGCAAACGUAAACGCCUGAAGAAGAAGUUUCCACUGGUUUUCAAGUUUUGGGAUCAGAUUGGGAAAGUCCUUCGCCAUUGGUGCUGCUGGUGGUACCCAGGUGCCAAGGAGAGCUGCCUGGCUCCGCUCGGCAACCUAACAUCACAAUUCGGCAGGACACUCUCAUCUUCAUUUAUUGUCUCAAAUGUGUCGACGCCCAGUACAUUUUUGAGAUUUUCGAAGUAUUCAUUUUCGAUGGACCUUCCUGAUGACGGUAGCAUUACCACACUAUCUCACUCAUCAACAGUAGUCAACAGUGCCUCUCUCCAUGACAACACUGACACACAGUGUUAGUUUUUCUUACUGUGUUCUUUAUUUUACUUCCAGUGGUAACAUGUGAGUGUUUACAGACAUGAAUACUGACAAGAUUGUAUUGUUGUUAUGAAACAAAAGUGAUGAUGCAUCAUGCCUACAUCAUGUAAUAUUCCAUCUGUCAUAAAGGAGUUUUGAUGGCACUACUCCACAAUACGCAUGAAUGCAGAAAAUAGCCAUGUAGCUUUAUAAUAAUUUCUAUAAUUGAUCAUAAAGGAAUCAGGGACUCUA